GCCGCCGCCGUCGCCGCCAGAUAGGCUGCGAGUCACUGGGAAAGUGAAAGGGGGGCGAGGAACGCGGGGGAGGCCACGGUCUAAGGUCCCGGCUCUUAAAGAGACCCGGGGCGCCGCGCCCCCCGUUGUGGCGGCCCUGCGCCCGGCAGGGCCCGGUGGCCCCGUGAGCCGCACUGCGGGCGGUCCCCAGUCUCUGCUCAGGAGGGGCAGCCGCAGCAGCUCAAGCUCUACAUUUGUAACAUCAAACUGCUGUCUCUUGUAAGGCCAUUUCAAGAACUGACAUCAGUUUUCAUAUAGCUUAAAGCUGGGCAAAUUUGUGGGAGACUCAGGGUGGAAGGUAGAUAGAGAAGAUGAUGGUGCUUCCAAACGAUGUUUUUCAUUGACUUUGUUUCCUUUGAAGAGGACAAUGCAAGGGAAGAGGUAAAGCACAGAGAGCAGCAGAUCAGACCAUACCGAGCUCCACUGGAGCAGCUGAGAGCUGUGAAGGAUGCUGGCUGCCGUGCCACUGAGGAGGCCCUCGCUCUAAGGUGGGAAAGCAGGUCUUAGCAGGACAGCUACUGGCACUCCUGGCUUACGAUGGCCUCUACCCUCUGGCUGGAUGGCUGACGUGACUGUGUGCCCUAAUUGUGCACGCUGCUGGACUGGGUGCUGUCCCAGGUACAGCCUGCUCUGUGGGAACAGGGCAGGUGGGCAUCAGAUGCUACCAAAAUCUGGACGGGGCAAAGCAAUGGACUCUGACAAGCUAAAAUGGAAGUGACCUGAGGCUUCGCCCAGGCGGUUUCCUCUUGACAGGACAGCUUAAGAGUUGGAGCACAGGCUUGUCUGGGGAGCAGUAUGCAGGAAGCUGGUUUUCAGGCCACAAAUGCUUUCACAGAGUGCAAAUUCACCUGCACCAGCGGUAAAUGCUUGUAUCUUGGUUCACUGGUCUGUAACCAACAGAAUGACUGCGGGGACAACAGUGAUGAAGAAAACUGUCUCCUGGUGACUGAACAUCCACCUCCAGGCAUCUUCAACUCGGAGCUGGAGUUUGCCCAGAUCAUCAUCAUCAUUGUGGUUGUUACAGUGAUGGUUGUGGUCAUUGUCUGCCUGCUGAAUCACUACAAAGUGUCCACACGUUCUUUCAUCAACCGCCCAAGUCAGAGCAGGAGGCAAGAGGACAGGCUGCAGCAGGAAGGGCGCCUGUGGCCUUCAGACAGCUCUGGUCCUCAGCCAGGUGCCUCAGAGAUCAUGUACACCCCUCGGUCUAGAGACAGGUUUACUGCCCCGUCCUUUAUCCAGAGGGAUCGGUUCAGCCGCUUUCAGCCCACCUACCCCUACGUGCAGCACGAAAUUGACCUUCCUCCCACCAUCUCCCUGUCUGAUGGGGAGGAGCCACCUCCUUACCAGGGGCCCUGUUCCCUGCAGCUCAGGGACCCCGAACAGCAGAUGGAACUCAACCGAGAAUCUGUGAGGGCUCCACCCAACCGAACCAUAUUUGAUAGCGAUUUGAUAGACAUUUCUGUGUACAAUGGAGGCCCGUGCCCACCCAGCAGCAAUUCGGGUAUAAGUGCCAGCACAUGCAGCAGUAACGGGAGGAUGGAGGGGCCACCCCCGACGUACAGCGAGGUGAUGGGCCACUACCCAGGAUCCUCUUUCUUCCAUCACCAGCACGGCAAUACACACAGAGGGAGCAGAUUGCCAUUUCAGCAGGACAGCUCUAGAAGCACAGUGGUGCCCGUCCAGGGCAAAGACAGGAAGCCUGGGAAUCUCGUUUGACCCUCCAACGUGCACUUGAGUUGAG